GCAAUUUUCCUGCUAAAUAACAUGACCGCUCUUUAGCAGGGCAAAACGUGAAACAAGUAAUACAAAGUGUUAUUUAAAAAUCUAUGACAACGUGUUUAUUAUGGAAAUCAACAUUGUACGUAAAGGAUGAAUGAGUUUACAACCGCCCACAACCCCAAGCUAAAGCCAUUGGAUUGGGACUGAGACCUGCACAUUAGUAGUAUAUCACGAGUUCUAGACUAUUUUUCUUAGCAUUUGUGUUUUUUACAGUUAUGAGGCUGAACGAAAGAAGUGUCGGUUACCCAUUUUAAAACAGACUUUAUAGCUUUAUUGCGACUAUUUUGCACGCUAAGCAGGUGACGGAGGCGGAAGACAAAUCAGACUCGCCUCGCGAGGUGCUGUUAUUUGGGUCAUGGAAGUAGCUCUUCUGGAAGAUGAGAAGUUUAAAGAUUUCAGGCUCAUGCUUGACCACUCACUGAAUUCUCUGCUACAGGAGAAAGAAAAGCUUGUGGCAUUUCACUCUGAAAAGGAGAUGAAGAAAAAACAGUUAAAAGAAGAGGCAGAGCAGCUGUCACAACACAUCACAGAGGAGUUUUCCAGACUCCAUCGUUUCCUUACAAUGGAGGAGGAGAGCCUGCACCUGCAGUUAAAAGAAGACCUGGAAGUGGAACUGCAAACUAUCCACCAACACCUGGAAGUUGCCUCUAAAACCCAGACCAAGUUGGAUGGUGCUAUAGCAAAGGUGGAAAUGUACUUGAGAUGCCUAACUUCUGAACUGUUGCAGGAUUGUAAAAGUCUUCUUGAAAGUUUGGAUUCCAUAUUCGAAGGGCAGUAUAAGACUGAGACUGUGAUAGAUCUCCCUGGAAAGUACAGUGGACCAUUACAGUAUGCUGUCUGGAAGAAGAUGAAGACAAUUAUACAUCCUGACAUUGAACACCUGACAUUUGACCCAAAAACAGCAAACCGGUGGCUUUCUCUAUCUGAUGACCUACGAAGUGUAAGGGAAUCUAAUGUGGAACAGAAUUUACCAGAUAAUUCAGAGAGGUUUGAUGUGUACCUGCAAGUGACGAGUUCUCAAGGUUUUCAGUCUGGCCAGCACUACUGGGAGGUGGAAGUGGGAGACCGGGUUAAUUGGGUUGUGGGAGCAGUCAGAGAGUCAGCAUGCCGAAAGGGCUAUGGCAUACAAAAGCCAGAGGCUGGCUUCUGGACAAUUCGAUGCUGUAAUAAUAAAUAUUACAUGGCAGAUGACAGCCCUCCAGUUGUUUUCAAAGUGAAUGAAUGCCCAAAGAAAAUUGGUAUAUACUUGGACCAUGAAAGGGGGAUGUUGUCAUUCUAUAGUGCAGGUCCUAUGGUACACCUGUACACAUUUCAUCACUCUUUUACUGAGACAGUCUACCCCUUUUUCUGCCCUUGCAGUAAUGAAGGAGCUACUGCAAUGCGUCUUUUCCAUCUACGGCUCUGAGGCAGCAGUGGCAACAUAUAUGUCCUGGCCAAACGAAGAAGUGUUAUGUUCACAUGUCGUAGGAAAUAGCAGUGAAAGUUUCAUGAAGUAUGAAGCCAAGCACUUGACUCUCACAUGGAACAGCUAUAUGCGUUCCGCUGCUUACCUUUUGCUUUAUGGCUAAUGAUUCAUUAUGAGCUUUUACAGGCAAAACUCAAAGCAUAAUAACUAUCGGGCAAAGACACAGUGCCAUCAUCCGAACUGUAAAUAUUAUUAAAUGGGUAUAAAAAACUGUUUCUGUACAAAACUCUAACAUUGAGAUGUUGCUAAAUAUUUCAAAUGUCAUUACAUUUAUGUUUACUGUAACCAACAAAUAAUUGUCAGUGGUUGUUUUAGUGGAUGUGGUACAUCAUUUCACUUAGUGCCAUGCAGUUUUUUGAAAUGUAUUGCCUUUUGAAAAAAAUUUAUUUUUUGUAUAUAAAAUCUCUUAUAAAGAACACAGGCUAUUACCAAAGUCAUAAAUGGUGCAUCUGAACUCAUCAGCAACAGUUUUGUCUAGCACACUGUGAACUUUCCAUAGUAUCACGCAGUUUUUUUGUAAGCUGAUUAGGAUAAUGCAUGGAAAUCUGUAUUUUCAUAAAUAUACAUAAUUUUUAAAUUUUUUAAAAGUUGUUUGGCUUUGGAAAAAUAUAAAUAUUUUAUGCUGUUUUUACCAGUCUUAUAAAGCUUGCUGAGUUUUACUAAAAUUAUAAACGCUGCAUCUAAAAAAUAUAAGUAACAGUUUUGUUUAUCAA